GGCUUUAGCGUCAGAAUAAACUAAAUACGAUUCUCUUCUUCUAAGUCUCCUUUUUCUUCGCUUUUCCACUUCUUCUUCUUCUUCUUUCUUUCUUUCAAAAGCAGAAGAAAACGGUACAAAGCUCUUUUGCUCCUCCAUCUCCUAAAAUUUGGGUCUGCCUCUCGAUUCUCCCUCUCUUUUCGGUUGUCUUAUGUUUUGUCUCAAGUGUAUUCUUCAUUCAUUCAAAACUUUCUCCAAUUUGUUUUACCGUCUUAAAUUUAUUAUUUAUUGCAAAUUAUGAAAACCGUUAUAUAGACGAUUCGACUACGUUAGUUUGGUCAAACAAUAAGAAACAUAUUUAGUUUGUACAGCUUUUGUGUUCUGGUAACCAACCAGGUUUGGUUCAGCUUUACCUAAACCACCAUCUAUCAUUAGCUCUUUCAAUUAAUCCACAAAUUAAACUUCUUUAGCUUAUUUUAAGUCGCCUUGAUCUCAUCAAUGUUUCAAACUUUUUCUUCAUUAAUUCGCAUCUUCUAAUUCACAUGUUCAUGUUGCGUAUGGAAUCUCCUUAGCAUUAAAUGCAAAUUCUGACCCCAACCCAUUAUUUAUCAUUUCUUCAGCUGCACGUUUCUUUCUAUACCGUGAGAACAGAGAACAUGGGAGAUCAUUUCGUGCUGCUGGUGGAUCGGUUGAUAACAGAAUCCACGAUUGAGGCUGCGAUUCAGAGCAGGAACCAGAUGUUGCAAGCUAAUAUACCCGUUGAGGAAUGUACAAUCUUGGACGAUAAAACACUUGAGAUGCUGCGUAACGGAGAUUUGUCAAUGGCUGAGUGCAGGAUCUGUCACGACGAGGACUUGGAUUCCAACAUGGAGACUCCUUGUUCUUGCAGCGGCAGCGUCAAGUAUGCGCAUAGGAGGUGCGUACAGAGAUGGUGUAACGAGAAAGGUGAUACCACCUGCGAGAUUUGCCAUCAGGAAUUCAAGCCGGAUUAUACAGCGCCGCCUCCGUUGCUAGAGUUAGGCCAUGUUCCUCUCCAUUUCAGGGGAAACUGGGGAAUCUCUCAACGGGAGCAUCGUUUCAUCACAGUUGUACCUGCUGAUUCCACUUUUAUUGACCAACCAUAUCCUCUUUCUUCCACCACAAGCUUCAUCUGUUGCCGUUCCCUUGUUCUCAUUUUCAUGGCUCUUCUCAUUCUCCGACAUACCCUCCCUUUAGUCCUCACCGGAUCAAACCUUCAUGUCUUCCCUUUGUUCACGUUGUUAUUUCUGAGAAUACUCGGAAUCAUGCUACCCAUCUACGUUGUCACCAAAGCAGUCGCCACCUGCCGCCGCCAUUCUCGGACCUUAGACACCUCUCCCUCCGAUGAUUCAUCUGAUGAAGAAACAGAUUCAUGGCGCUUGCCUCAAACGCAAUCUUACAUUAUAGGCGUACGAUGA